AUGUCUCUCCGAGUCGACGAUGGCCGUUCCAGAGGUCGUUCCAAAUCCCCAGGCCGCAAGGAUGAACGAUCGAGAUCGCGAGACGUGAGAGCCCCGUCACCAGUGGUAGUCGUCCAGACAAAAAAGUCCUCGAAAAAGUAUUAUAGCGGCGAAAGCGAUUCAGACACUCGGUCGAGGAAGAAGAGCUCCAAGAAGCACUACGACGACGACUUUUCGGAAAGCGAUUCAGACCCAAGGUCAAAGAAGAAGUCCUCCAAGAAGCACUACGAGGACUCCUCGGAAAGCGAUUCAGACCCAAGGUCGAAGAAGAAGUCCUCCAAGAAGCGCUAUGAUAGCGAUGACGGUGACUCGGACCCAAGAUCCAAGAGGAAGUCUUCGAGGAAACAUCACGACGAGAGUGAGUCGGACACCAAGAGCAAGAAGAAGUCCUCGAAGAAAUACUACAGUGACAGCGACUCCGACAGCAAGUCUAAGAAAAGAUCCUCCAAGAAACACUAUGAUAAGAGUGAACCUAGCUCAAGCUCGAGCGAAGACGACAGGAAGAGCAAACAUAAGAGUUCCAAACAAGUUGCUUUGACUCGCAAAGGCGAAUACAUUGAGACCUCGACAUCAAAAUACGAGCGAGAACGCCAUAGCAGCUACGCAUCGCCGGAGCGUCAUGAAAGACCGGCAGAACCUAAGCGACAUAUGAGCACCAGCAGCGUUGAGGGCGGAGAGAAGUAUCGCCAGCUGUCGAUGCCUGGAGGAUUCAGUGGAGGUCAUUCCCCCCACCCGCAGUAUGCCCAGCCUCAAGUUAUAUCUCGACCCGAAGGUCAAAGAACGCACUCUGGCUCCAUCAGCUCGCGUGGACCAGAGUAUGCCCAGUACCAAUACGCAGAUCUAAGUGCUUAUGCGACCAACGGCAGAAAACCUUCCUACCCAAUGAGCGCCCAGCCUCAAGAGGUCAAUCCCUAUCAUGGUUCGCAUGCUCCGCUAUCUCCGCCAACGCUGCACCGCCUAUCGGUCUCAGGAGGAGCUGCUGGAGGGUUGUCUCUUGCAGCACCGGGUCAGCAUUCCGGUCAUAUGCAAGGUGGCUUACCACCUGGCAGUCCGCUCCUCGAAUCCUACCGUGGUACAUACCAAUCAAUAUCGCCAAUGCCUUCUCCAUUGAUGCUGCCAUCAACUAUGGAUGAAGGUCUCUCGGACUUGGAACAACUUUCAUCCGGAGACUCUGACCACUCGGGAGGCCAUCUUUCCAAGAAGUCGACACUCCGAAGAAAGACCGUUUCUUUCUACCACCCUGAACCCGACGCUCUUGCACUCGCGGCAGCUCUGAAACACUCGACACCUGAGGCCAAACCUAUCAUCAAGAUCCUCCCUCACCUCUCGGAUGAUCACGUUCUGAUGUUGAGGACAGAAUACAAAAAGCACAUGAAAGCGCAAGGCAAAGGCGUUAAUAUCGCUAAGCACAUCAAAAUGAAACUCACCGGCAAUCUUGGAAAGGUUGCUUACGCAACGGCUCUCGGACGAUGGGAGAGCGAGGCGCACUGGGCAAAUUUUUGGUAUCAAUCCAACACCUCACGGCGAGAACUCCUGAUUGAGAGUCUUAUGGGCCGUACGAAUAGCGAAAUAAUGAAGAUCAAAGAUGCAUUCAGCGAUCAGCGGUACAAUAACAGUCUGGAAAAAUGCAUGCAGACCGAACUGAAGAAGGACAAGUUCCGAUAUGCUGUUCUACUUGCUUUAGAAGAGAAGCGCAUGUCGGAGAGCGACAAGCUUUCCAUCGAACUCGUACGCAGAGAUGCGCAGGACCUCUACCGUGCCUUGACCGCUAAGGAGGGUGGAGAGACAGCGAUGAUCAACAUCAUCGUCGUCAGAAGCGACAAACACCUUGCCGAGGUCUUGCGCGUCUUUGAGAGCCAGUAUCGAAAGAACUUUGCGAGAGAGAUGAUCCAGAAAUCUCGCAACUUAGUCGGUGAAACCCUCGCGCAUAUCCUCAACGGCGUUCUGAAUAAAUCUGUUCGUGAUGCCCUCCUCUUGCACCAAGCGUUGGCGGAAACGUCGAAAGACCGUGUUGAGCUACUAGUAAGCCGACUGGUGCGGUUCCACUGGGAGUCACGGCAUUUUGAGAGAGUCAAAGUGGCUUACAAGCAGAAAUACGGCAAACGGCUGGAGUCUGCCAUUGAAGAGGGAAGCAAGGGAGAUUUUAGGGACUUCUGUGUUGCGCUUUGUAAGGUCGAGUCUUGA